AUGCCAAACCUGACAAUCUACCGCGGCUGGCUCGAACCCAACCGCUACGUCUGGUCCCCCUUUGUAACAAAGCUCGAGGCCCGCCUUCGCUUCGCGAAUGUUCCUUACAAGGCGGCAUCAGGCUCCGUCAGGACAGCGCCUAAGGGCAAAAUUCCCUACCUCGAGAUCACAGACGAAGACUCAUCAAACAGCAUUGGCGACUCGACCCUGAUCAUCAAACACCUAGUCGAGCGGAACAUCGUCCCGGAUCUCAAUGGCUCUUUGUCUCCAGCGGAGCGAGCCCACGACCUCGCUCUCCGCGCUCUUCUUGAGGAUAAAGCCUAUUUCUACAAUACUCGCGAGCGAUGGACAGAAAACUACCACACAAUGCGCGACCACGCCCUUGGCGCAAUCCCUUUCCCGGUUCGCAUCCUCGUCGGCAUCCUGAUAUAUCGCAGCACAUUGCAGACCCUACACGGGCAAGGAACGGGCCGGUACACGGAUGAUGAGAUCCAGAGCUUCCGCGUAGAGGUCUGGGAAGCCGUGAACGACUUGCUCGUUGCGUCAAAGGCCAAGAAGGCUCAGGCGCACGGCGACGGCGAGGAGGAGGGGCCGUUCUGGAUCUUGGGUGGAAAUGACCCGACCGAGGCGGAUGCAGCGCUGUUUGGAUUUGUGGUUUCGGGGUUGAUUUCGACUGCAGGGCCGAAGAUGAAGGAAGUGAUACUCGGGUUUCCUGUUGUCCUGGAGUAUACGGGGAGGAUUCAUGAUGCGUAUUUCCCCGACUAUGAGCGCUGGGAAGAAUCUUAG